AUGUAUUUCUCACUAUUUUCAGUUUCUUAUUUAGUUAAAAAAUGCGAGCUCAAUUUCAAAGCAACACUCAAAAGGCCACUGGAGUAUAAUAGAGGGAUAAAAUCUGUUUCAGUUGGUCAACUCAAUAAUGACACAUGGAGUGACAUAGUGAUUGCGAAUCAUAUUGCAAGUAAUAUCGUUGUAUACAUCGGAUGCAACAAUGGUGCUUUCACGAAGCUGGCUGAAUAUUCGACGGGUAAAGACUCGUCUCCCUACGGUGUUGCUGUUGGUGAUCUUAAUAAUGAUCAACAUCAAGAUAUAGCAGUGGCGAACUUUGGUACUCACAGCAUCAGUAUUUUUCUCGGCUAUGGUAACGGAUCAUUUAAGACUCAACAUGAAAUUUCAACCGAUGCAUCUAGGCCUACUACGAUUACUUUAGCAGAUAUAAACAAUGACAGAUUACAUGAUAUGAUCACAAUCGACUAUGGUACUCAUGAUAUAUCUGUCUUCUACAGUCAAGGGGGUGGACAGAUUUACGAUUCCAACAGUUAUCCAACAGGAUAUGAUUCAUUUCCUUCAUCCUUAGCAACUGCAGACUUCGAUCUCGAUGGUCAUUUGGACAUUGCAGUCACCAACUUUGGUACGAAUAACAUUAUUAUAUUUUAUGGUACUCGAGAUGGUAAUUUCACAAAAAAUGUUAUCUUCUCCAUUAGCUCAGGUUGGAACCCGAUUUCGAUUGUAGCUGAAGAUCUGAACUACGAUCAUUUUCCAGAUAUAGUGCUCGCUGGGUACGGAGGGAAAGCCAUAAAGAUAUUCUUGAACUAUGGCCAUGGAUUAUUUACAAGACAUCGUACUUACACCACAAAUCUAUCUUCGCCAUAUUUCAUUGGGAUCGCUGACAUGAAUCAAGAUAAUCGACUUGAUAUAGUAGUCACAAAUCAAGGAUCCGAGAAUCUAAUGAUUUUUCUCGGUACGGGAGACGGAACUUUUGAAAAGUCUACAAUAUAUGAAACAGGUGCCACUUCCUCCAUCGCAUUCACAAUUACAGAUGUAAAUCAAGACAAGCGUCCUGAUAUCAUCAUACUCAAUAACGACACUGAUGCGAUCAACAUCUACUUUGGCUCAUUCGAAGGAUUCAGCGCCGCUUCAAAUUAUAGGGUUGGUUCUCAACCAUACUCUGUAGCUGUGGGUGACUUUAACAACAACACUCAUCUCGAUCUUGUCGUUGUUAAUAUAGGCAGCAAUGAUGUGAGUAUCCUUCUUGGAUGUGGAAAUGGAUCCUUUGCAACCCAAACCACGUAUUCAGUUGGCUUAGCAUCAUUCUCGGUAGCUGUGGAUGAGUUUAACAACGACAUUCAUCUCGAUAUUGUCGUCGCUAAUUAUGAAAGCAAUGAUGUGAGCAUCCUCCUGGGACAUGGAAAUGGAUCUUUUGCUCAUCAAACAACAUAUUCAGCUGGCUCCAACCCAGCAUCUGUAGCUGUAGGUUAUUUCAACAAUGACACUUAUCUUGAUAUCGUUGUUGCUAAUUGGAACAGCAAUGAUGUGAGUAUCCUUCUUGGAUACGGAAAUGGAUCUUUUACUACUCAAACAACGUAUUCAGCUGGUUACAACCCAACAUCUGUAGCCGUGGGUGAUUUUGACAACAACACCUGUCUCGAUAUUGUCGUCACCAAUUAUCAUAGUAACGGUGUGAGUGUCCUUCUUGGAUAUGGAAAUGGAUCUUUUGUCAGUCAAACUACUUCUUCAGCUAAUGCUCACCCAACAUUCGUAGCUCUAGGUGAUUUCAACAACGACACUCAUCUCGACAUUGUCGUCGCUAAUUAUGGAAGCAAUGAUGUGAGCGUUCUCCUGGGAUAUGGAAAUGCAUCAUUUGCUCGACAAACAACGUAUUCAGCUGGCUCCAAGCCAUCAUCUGUGGCUAUAGGUAACUUGAACAAUGACACUCAUCUUGGUAUCGUUGUUGCUAAUUGGAACAGCAAUGAUGUGAGUGUCCUCCUGGGAUAUGGAAAUGGAUCUUUUGCCAGUCAAAUCACGUAUUCAGCUGGUUACAACCCAACAUCUGUAGCUGUGGAUGACAUUAACAAUGACACUCAUCUCGAUCUUGUCGUGAUCAAUUACAAUAGCAAUGAUGUGAGUAUUCUUCUGGGAUAUGGAAAUGGAUCUUUUGCCAGUCAAAUCAUGUACUCAGUUGGCUUACGUCCAUUCUCGGUAGCUGUGGGCCAUUUCAACGAUGAUAUGUACCUCGAUAUCGUUGUUGGUAAUUAUUAUAGUAAUGAUGUAAGUGUGCUUAUGGGAUAUGGAAAUGGAUCUUUUGCGAGCAAAACCACAUAUUCAGCUGGUUCCCAACCAUGGUAUAUAGCUGUGACUGAUUUUAACAACGACACUCAUCUCGAUAUUGUCGUCGCUAACUCGCGUAACAAUGAUGUAAGUGUGCUUUUGGGAUAUGGAAAUGGGUCUUUUGCAAUUCAAAGCACAUAUUCAGUUGGUUACCAACCACAAUCUGUAGCUGUGGGUGAUUUUAACCAUGAUACUCACCUCGACAUUGUCACCGCCAAUUAUGGUAGCAAUGAUGUUAGUGUCCUUGUGGGAUAUGGAAAUGGUUCUUUUCCCAGACAAAGAACGUAUUUAACUGGCUCAAAGCCAUUAUCUGCAGCUGUGGGUGAUUUUAACAGCGACACUUACCUCGAUAUUGUCGUCGCCAAUUAUGAUAGCAACGAUGUGAGUAUUCUUUUGGGUUAUGGAAAUGGAUCCUUUGCAAUUCAAGCAACGUCUUCAGUUGGCCUAAAGCCAUUCUCGGUAGCUGUGGGUGAUUUCAACAACGACACGCACAUCGAUAUCGUUGUUGCUAAUUCGGAAAGCAACAAUGUAAGUUUUCUGUUGGGAAAUGAAAAUGGAUCUUUUGCAAAUCAAAUCAUGUAUUCAGUUGGCUCAAAGCCAUUAUUCGUAGCUGCCGGUGAUUUCAACAAUGAUACUCACCUUGAUACUUUUGUCGCUAACAAUGGUAGUAAUGAUGUGAGUGUAUUGUUGCAAUAUUCAAGAGGAUUUUUAAAACAUGAAACUACACUUUCUUCUGCACUUGGAUCGAAGCUGGGAUCUACAAUUGUUACAGACGUGAAUCAUGACCGUCUUGCAGACAUUGUCGUACCUAAUUAUGGCACCAGUGAUAUAUCAGUGCUGGUAGGAGAAGGUAGUGGCAAUUUUAGAACUCACAUUCUGAAAGCGAAUACAAGAUAUUCUCAUCCCUUAAGUAUCGCUAUAGGACAUUUCAACCACGAUCGAGAACUGGACAUUGCAGCGGUUUAUAUAAAAUCCAAAAACGCUCGUAUUUUCCUUGGUAACGAUACAGAUAUUUUUGAAUCGCAAGAAAGUGAUAGUAUUCGAUUCGAAUUCCCACCAUUCGUAAUCGCUCAUGGUGAUUUUAAUAAUGAUGAUGUUGAUGAAAUUAUUGUUGCAUAUGAAGAGCAUGACUUUAUAGAUAUUCUCACAACAUUUCAAAACUUUUCCGUGGCGAUUCAAACCAAGUAUUCAGUUGGUAUUGGACCAAUAUUUGUAGCUGUAGCUAUAAAUGAUUUGAAUAACGAUAGACGACAAGAUAUUGUUGUCGCUAAUUACAAGUCGGGCACUAUCAAUAUUUUUAUGGGAAACAUUAAUGGAUCAUUCUUAAAUCAAACAUUACUUCGAACAGGCGAUGGUUCCAUACUUGUUUCUGUCGCUCUGGUGGAUUUUAACAACGAUACAAUCAUUGAUAUAAUAGUCGCUGAUCAAAAUACAAAUAGUGUUGGAAUUUUUCUCGGAUAUGAUAGUGGAACAUUUUCUACAAUGAUUUCAUUCCUAGUUGGUUACGGUUCUGAUCCAUUCUCUGUAGGCGUUGGUGAUUUUAAUAAUGACGCGAGAGUUGAUUUUGUUGUAGCAAAUGGUGGUACUGAUAGCUUAUCUAUUUAUUUACAAACUUGUUAA